AUGGGAAUAAAAGGAUUAACAAAAUUUAUUGCCGAUGCAGCACCAAAUGCUAUUAAAGAAAUAAAAAUUGAGAAUUUAAUGGGGAGGAUAAUAGCUAUUGAUGCAUCAAUGUCCCUUUAUCAAUUUAUAAUAGCUAUAAGAGAUUCUGAUCAAUAUGGAAAUUUAACAAAUGAAUCAGGGGAAACAACUUCACAUAUAUCAGGAUUGAUGUCAAGAAGCAUAAAAUUAAUGGAGAAUGGAUUAAAGCCAAUUUAUGUUUUUGACGGAGCACCACCAGAAUUGAAAGGUUCUGAGUUAGAAAAAAGAGGAGAAAAAAGACAAAAAGCAGAAGAAUUGUUACAAAAAGCAAAAGAAGAAGGAAAUUUAGAAGAAAUAAAAAAACAAAGUGGAAGGACUGUACGAGUUACUAAAAAACAAAAUGAAGAAGCAAAAAAAUUAUUAACAUUAAUGGGAAUACCUGUUGUUGAAGCUCCUUGUGAAGCUGAAUCGCAAUGUGCAUUUUUGACAAAAUAUAAUAUUGCUCAUGCUACUGCUACAGAAGAUGCAGAUGCUUUAGUAUUUGGAACAAAAAUAUUGAUAAGAAAUUUAAACGCUAAUGCUUCUUCAAAUCAAAAUAAAAAUAAAAAUUCAAGUAAAAGAGGUUAUAUACUAACUGAAAUAAAUUUGCAACAAGUUUUAGAAGGCUUAAAUUUAACAAUGAAUCAAUUUAUUGAUUUUUGCAUUCUGUGUGGAUGUGAUUAUUGUGAUACUAUUAAAGGGAUUGGUUCAAAAACUGCUUAUAAUCUUAUAAAGGAAUAUAAUUGUAUAGAAAAUAUUAUUCAAAAUAUUGAUAAAAAUAAAUAUCAAAUUCCUGCAAAUUUUAGAUUUGAAGAAGCUAGAAACUCAUUUUUAAACCCAAAAGUUUUAACUAAAGAGGAAAUUAAAAUAGAUUGGAAUGAACCUAAAAUUGAAGAAUUAAAAGAUUUAUUAAUUAAAGAAUAUAAUUUUAAUGAAGUUAGAGUAACUAAUUAUAUUAACAGAUUACUAAAAGCUAGAAAAGCGACAACACAAAGACGUCUUGAUAAUUUUUUUACUGCUUGCACUAAAAAGAGCACUAAAUUGGUCAUUGAAGAAAGUCAAAAAGAGCUAAAAAAAAAACUAAAAGGAACAAAAAGAGAUAUUACAAAUAUUAAUACGAAACUUAAUAAAAAACAAAAAACGGAAAAUAAAACCAUUAAAAAAGAGAGUGAAAAAAAUGAACAAAUAAAAAAAGAAAAAUAUGAGAUUUCAAAAGAACCAGAAGAGAAAAGUCAAGAAAAUAACGAUAGUCAGGAUAAAAAUUCUUUAGACUAUCAAACAAAUUCAGAAUCAGGUAAUUUAAAAAAUGAUAAUAAAGAACAUAGUUUAAAUAUUAAUAAUAUAUGUGAUAGUAACAAAUUUAAUAUUGAUAAUUCUAUAUAUAAUAACAGUAAUUUAAAUAAUAAUAUUUUAAAUGAUAACAUUAAUUUAAGUUGUAAUAAUAAUACCCUAAAUAAUAAUAAUAAUUUAAAUAAUAAUAACACUUUGAAUAUUAGUAGUAACACUUUAAAUAAUAAUGUUAAAAAUUCAAAUAAUAUAAAAAAAGCAAAUAAUAUUUUUUUGUUGCCUUUCUGUCCAAAGAAUGUUACUAAUGUAAAGAAAAGGAAAUUGGUUCAAAGAUGUUAA